AUGCCUGGCCGCUCUGAGCCUGUAGAGUCUUUUUGCUCAGCUUGCACAGAGGCGAACAUCUACGCCGUUGGCUGCUUCACUGCCAGGGCAGAGAUUGCAAGACGGUCGCCUUCCUACAUGGAGGCAUUGGAGGAAGGAAGGCUGCCAUGUCGGGUCCUGGAGUUUGGGGUUUCGGACUUUGGCGUGCCUGCUGAUGCACCGGCUUACAAGGAGGUGAUUGGCGAGUUGGCAGCCAUGCUUUCUGAAGGCCGCAAUAUCGUCCUCCAUUGCUAUGGUGGAGUUGGACGUACUGGGACCGCGGCAGUGGCCGUGCUGUGUAGCUUGGGCAUCGAGCUUGAAGAAGCCUCGAAGUGGGUGGCACAGGCCGGCAGUGGGGCAGAGACUUCUGUGCAAAGGGCUUUCUUGCAAGACCAUUUCGCCGACACGAAGGUUUGCAAGGCUACACCAAGCCGGUCCGAGACUGACGAAGACAAUGAUAAGCGAAGUUUCGAAACCUGA